AUGACACUCCGAAAAGGAGAGAAAAUGACCAUAAGUAUCCAGGAGCACAUGGCCAUUGACGUCUGCCCCGGCCCCAUCAAACCCAUCAAGCAGAUCUCCGACUAUUUCCCCCGCUUCCCCCGCGGGCUCCCCGCCGCCGUCGGCCGCAGCAGCAGCGCCCUGCGCCCCGCGGUCAGCCAGCCCUCGGUCAGCCCUGCCGAGGCACCCCGAGAGGAUGAGGAGGAUGUGGACCAGCUCUUCGGAGCCCACGGAACGACGCCCGCAGAGCAACCGGCCAAGAGCCAAGCGCCCGAGGAGGCGGUGGACCCCGAGGGCUACGAGUCCGACGAUUGCACCACGCUGGGGACGCUGGAUUUCAGUUUGCUCUACGAUCAGGAGAACAACGCUCUCCACUGCACCAUCAACAAAGCCAAGGGCCUGAAGCCAAUGGAUCACAAUGGUUUGGCCGAUCCUUACGUCAAGUUGCAUUUGCUCCCUGGAGCCAGUAAGGCAAACAAGCUGAGAACCAAAACUCUGCGGAACACCCUGAACCCCACCUGGAACGAGACCCUCACCUACUACGGCAUCACCGACGAGGACAUGAUCCGCAAGACUCUGCGGAUCUCGGUGUGUGACGAGGACAAGUUCCGCCACAACGAGUUCAUCGGGGAGACGCGCAUCCCGCUCAAGAAACUGAAACCCAACCAGACCAAAAACUUCAACAUCUGCCUGGAGAAGCAGCUGCCGAUAGAUAAAACAGAGGACAAGUCGCUGGAGGAGCGUGGCAGGAUCCUCAUCUCCCUCAAGUACAGCUCGCAGAAGCAGGGGCUGCAGGUGGGCAUCCUGCGCUGCGCCCACCUGGCUGCCAUGGAUGCCAACGGCUACUCCGACCCCUACGUCAAAAUAUAUUUGAAACCAGAUGAGGACAAGAAAUCCAAGCACAAGACAGCAGUGAAGAAGAAAACGCUGAACCCCGAGUUCAAUGAGGAGUUUUUCUAUGAGAUAAAGCACGGUGACCUGGCAAAGAAGACCUUAGAAGUCACGGUGUGGGACUAUGAUAUCGGGAAAUCCAACGACUUCAUAGGUGGAGUCGUGUUAGGAAUUAAUGCCAAAGGGGAGCGGCUCAAGCACUGGUUCGACUGCCUGAAAAACAAGGACAAGAAAAUCGAGCGCUGGCACACUCUGACCAACGAGCUGCCGGGCGCCGUCCUCAGCGACUGA